UCCAAUCAGAGCAGACCGAUCCAGGAAGGAAGUAUCACACAUUUAAGUCAAAUGCUGUGUGGAUGUUGUUGCAAAAUAAUGAGCAGAACUUCCUUAUAAUUCAAUGCACGAGCUUCCUCGUACACAUUCACUUCUAAAUCUGCGAGAAAGACAAAGAGAAGAGUUAAGAUGGGAUACAUGACGGUAGAGGAGCACAACAUCAACGUGCUCCACCUGAAGAGAUCCCCGGGCGUCCGGUCCUGGUCUCUCCUUGUUGGUAUAGCAUCUGUUGGCCUAGCCGCUGCUUACUACAGCUCAGACAGCCUCCUGUGGAAGCUUUUCUACGUGGCGGGCUGCCUCUUUGUCGCCAUGCAGAACAUGGAGGAAUGGGAGGAAGCUGUGUUUGACAAAACCAAGAACCAGAUUGAACUCAAAAGUUUCAGCUUGUAUGCUUUAGUCCUAACGUUGUGGAGGAAGGGGCAUGAAAAAGUUGUGUUGGAUCUGACACAGCUGUGUGACAUCUGCGUCCAGGAAGAGAAGGUCCGCUAUUUGGGAAAGGGCUACCUGCUGAUGCUGCGCCUGGCUGCCGGCUUCUCCUACCCACUGACUCAGAGUGCCACUCUGGGCAGCCGUAGUGAUGUGGAGGCCGUGGCCUCACUGCUGAAGCGCUUCCUGGGCCUGGAGGAGCUGCAGCAGCGCAGGCAGCAGGAGGAGGAGGAGGAAGAGGCCGAGUACGGAGAGGAUGAGGUGGACGAUUCUUUGGAUAACAGCAGUGACUCAGAGGAGGAAGCUGACAAACACUGAUCUCACUGAGACUUGCAACCUUUUUUAGGGAGCAUCCAGUUUUAUCAUGCCCCCGUUACAUAUCAUACUGUUAGCAUGUGCAUGGAACACCAAAGACCUCUUCCAGCGUCUCUGCACAGACUUUUUCUUUUUAUACGUCAGGUGGUGACAGCUUAGAGACUCAAACCUUUAUGUUAUUAAUUUUGUUUAAACUGGGGUGAAAAACAUCCAAUCAAAUCAUGUAGAAGCAAAUCCUGGUGUCGUCAAGUUUAAGGUUUCUUUAAAUGUUCAUCUUUUAUGUUACUGUAAAGAUAGCCGUCUGUAAAUGGACAUCAAGCCUUAACCGGCUGGAUCUAAUGACUGUUUGAGAACACACUCCUGAUUUACUGUGCCUUCCUACUGAGCUCUAAUGAGUGUUUAUGUGUUCAAUGUAAAGUGCUUUCCCGAGGUUUCCAGGACCACCCACCCUCCCCAUGAUCACCUUCUGCAUCAUUAUUCCUCCCCGCUCUGCAGUCGUGACUCCUGCAUGUUCAAACUGUAUUAAGGAUCUUCAUGUGACUCUUCCAUCGCUCCACAUUCACAGACUUAUUGUGAACCAAAGACUGAAUCUCAGGUUUUUACGUGUUGGUCUACUAAAAAAAGAUAUUUUGUCAUCUCAGUUUACCGCCUGUGUUUAUUUCAUACAUUUUUGGGAAUAUAAAGUUUUUUGUAUGCAAA